AUGGGUAUACUUUUGAUGUUGGGUCCUCUGUGAUGUUUGGUUUCAGCGACAAGGUCAGGCAAUCUAAAUCUGAUAACCCAAGCAUUGGCAGCAGUUGGAUGUGAGAUGCAAGUGAUACCUGAUCCAACUACUGUCCAUUUCCAUUUACCCAAUAACCUUUCUGUCCGAGUGCACAGAGAAUAUAGCGAAUUCAUUGCAGAACUUACUGAUAGAUUUCCCCAUGAAAAGGAAGGGAUCCUCAAGUUCUACGGUGAAUGUUGGAAGAUUUUCAACGCUCUGAACUCCUUGGAAUUGAAGUCACUUGAGGAGCCAAUCUACCUUUUUGGACAGUUCUUCCAGAAGCCCAUUGAAUGCUUGACACUCGCCUAUUAUUUGCCUCAAAAUGCUGGAGACAUAGCUCGAAAAUACAUUAAAGAUCCCCAGUUGUUGUCUUUCAUAGAUGCAGAGUGUUUCAUUGUGAGCACAGUCAACGCUUUGCAGACACCAAUGAUUAAUGCUAGCAUGGUUCUUUGUGACAGGCAUUUUGGUGGUAUUAACUACCCUGUUGGUGGUGUUGGUGGGAUUGCAAAGUCCUUAGCAAAAGGCCUGAUUGAUCAGGGCAGUGAAAUACUUUACAAGGCAAAUGUGACUAGCAUUAUACUCAAGCAAGGAAAAGCUGUGGGAGCUAGGCUAUCAGAUGGAAGGGAGUACUUUGCCAAAACCAUAAUAUCAAAUGCCACUAGAUGGGAUACUUUUGGAAAUCUCUUAAAAGGAGAACGCCUCCCUAAGGAAGAAGAGAAUUUUCAGAAAGUUUAUGUCAAGGCUCCAUCUUUUCUUUCCAUUCACAUGGGGGUUAAAGCGGAGGCCCUGCCACCAGAUACGGAUUGCCACCAUUUUGUGCUUGAGAAUGAUUGGAAAAAAUUAGAGGAGCCAUAUGGAAGUAUAUUUUUAAGCAUUCCAACUGUCCUUGAUUCAUCAUUGGCUCCAGAAGGACGUCACAUUCUUCAUAUUUUUACUACUUCUGCCAUGGAGGACUGGGAGGGUCUUCCUAGAAAAGACUAUGAGGCAAAGAAGGAUAUUGUAGCAGAUGAAAUAAUCAGGAGAUUAGAGAAGAAACUAUUUCCAGGGCUGAGAUCAUCUAUCGUUUUUAUGGAGGUAGGAACACCAAAGACACACAGGCGGUACCUGGCUCGUGAUAAAGGUACCUAUGGACCAAUGCCACGUGGCACUCCCAAGGGAUUACUCGGAAUGCCAUUCAAUACCACAGGUGUAGAUAGUCUUUACUGUGUUGGUGAUAGCUGCUUUCCAGGACAAGGUGUUAUAGCAGUAGCCUUUUCAGGAGUAAUGUGUGCACACCGAGUAGCUGCUGAUAUUGGGCUGGAGAAGAAGUCACCAGUAUUAGAUGCAGCCCUCCUUCGACUUCUUGGUUGGUUAAGGACGUUGGCAUGAUCUACCAGGUCCAUAUGAGAAAAGUUCGUGAUUCAGCAUGACCACCCGACUGCAAAAUCAAAUAGUUUGCUUCUUUAGUGGCACGAUCUACAGUGGGUGGAGGCAUGAACAUACUUGAUAUUUUUUGUUUUUCAUUUUUACCCCCUUUGGAGAGGCCAACAAUCAUUGAAAUCGAUGUAGUUUGCAGACUGGGUAGUUAAUCAAUGUCAGCACACGGGAUUGCUCUGUAAUUUUUUAUUCGCUAAGCGGAAAUUAUGCAAACGAAAACUGUUAAGAGUUGUCUACAUGACGUUUAUGUAUCUUCUAAUCUGCCGCCUGUCUGCGAAUUAAAAUUCGUUUUG